CAGUGGACGUUUGUCCCAACAUAUAAACCACCAGAAUGGGCAAGAUUAAUUGAUUUAUUUUUAUAUUGUCGAAAUAAUUUUGAAAUAUUAUAUCCUUCUAUAAAAAAAUCUCCUUCAAGCGGAACAUUAUUUGUAGGAGAAGUAACGUCCCCUGCUGAAAAAGAAAAUGUACACAAAAACUGCAAUAAUUUAAUCCACGUUGGUGUUUUGAUGAAGGAAUGCAUCAAUUCAGCCAUAGAUAAAGGUGCAGAUGUUAAGCUUUUAGGAUUUCAAUAUAUCGAAUAUACAAUUGAUUUUUACGUAAUAGAACUUAAUGCACUGGAACUAUAUCUUAUAUACCAUAUUGGUCAAGCUUCGAUUCCCACUUCAGUAAAGACCAUGACACAUUUUAUUGAUGAUAUAGAAACUUUUCUGGCAGUAUGA